AUGCCUCUGCUCUCUCCUCCGCUGGUUGCCUGCGAUGCCGAUGCCAACACCCUUUCCACCUCCACCGACGCCUCUGCUCUCUCUCCUCUGCUGGUUGCCCGCGAUGCGGACGCCGACGCUCUCUCUCCUCCGCUGGUUGCCCGUGACACUAACGCCGACACCCUUUCCCCCUCCGCCGACGCCUCUACUCUCUCUCCUCCGCUGGUUGCCCGCGACGCCGACGCCCUUCUGCCGGUUGCCUCCAUCGCCCCCGACUCCGACUCCGACGCCGAUGCCAACGCAGCCUCCGCCUCCGCCCUUGAACCCGAUUCUGACGCCGACGCCUCUUCGCCUCUGCCUCCGCCGCCCCCGACGCCGACGAUCCUUAAAGUUUCACUGAAGAAGCUGUGCCAUCGUUUUGAUGAAGAGAUACUUGAAAGUGCUAGGCAACCUUGGUCUACCUAG